AUGAGCCACAAGCCAUAUCAGAUCAACAACGCUACCUGGAUGAAAGACCUGAGACCACUCAGUUAUUUUAUUGGUCUUCAGGUCUCAUCUUGUCGUAAUGGUUACUACUUAUCCCAAGCUAAAUAUGCAUAUGAUCUUUUGGCUCGCUUGGGUAUCACUGAUUCUGUCACUUCACUGACACCGUUAGAUUCAAAUGUCCAUCUGACACCUUUUGAUGGUUUUCCCCUCGAGGAUGCAACCCUCUAUUUGCAAUUGGUUGACAACCUUAUCUACCUAACAGUGACGCGUCGAGACAUUGCCUAUGCGGUCCAUGUUGUCAGUCAAUUUAUGUCAGCUUCUCGCACUAUUCAUUUCACUACUGUGCUUCGUAUUCCGUAUUAUGUAAAAGACACACUAGGGCAUGGUCUUCAGUUCUCCUCUAAGUCCUCAUUCAUUCUCUCAGGAUAUACUGAUGCUAAUUGGACUGACGAUCCUACCAAUAAACGCUCCACCACAGAUUACUGUUUUUAUUUGGUUGAUUCCUUUAUCUUCUAG